AUGAACCCGACACGACAGCUUGUACUCUUCUCUCUAGCCGUGAUGCUGAUUCAUGGCACCAUUUCAGUAAUGGUGACAACCAGCAAACCAAAAGUGGAGGUCCAUGAGAACACAAAUGCUGUUCUUUCCUGUAAGUUCCAGACAGAAAAAGAGGCCAACCCACGAAUAGAAUGGAAAAAGAAAGGCAAAGAGGUCUUUUAUGUUUAUUUUGACGGUCAGUUUACAGACUUGUUUAAAGGCAGAGCUUCAAUUGAUGGAGCAACAGUGACACUGCAUGGUGUUAAUCAGAAAGACUCAGGGGUCUAUCAUUGUGAAGUCACUGCUGCUCAAGAUGACAUCAGUCUUGGGGAGGUCAUGGUCUCACUCAACGUGCUUGUACCUCCCCAUGCUCCUUUAUGCCACGUGCCUGAAGAUGCGGUUUGUGGCUCUGCAGUGGAACUGUACUGUCAGGACCAGCUGACUGUCCCACCUGUCACCUACAGCUGGUACAAGGACAACAGGCCCCUAAGCACAGCCCUUGUCCAAGACAUUAACUACAGUAUAGACAACAAAACAGGCACUCUGAAAUUUAAAAGCUUGUCGAAAUCAGAUAGAGGACAAUACCGUUGUGAGGCCUCUAAUGGUAUUGGGCCACCAAUAAGCUGUGUGGGUCAACAUAUGAACAUCAUUGAGUUUGAGCUGAAUUUGACAUUAGUAGUAGCAGUUGGAGUAGGUGCUGCUCUCUUAUUUCUUUCCUUCUCUUUGGCUUUUUGUCUAUGCUGCCAGCAAGGCUACUAUUGCUGCUACUAUAGUGAAAGAAAACAUAAAAGAAACAUAGCAAACUACAAUCCUCCAGCAGACCCUAAACACUACAAGCACACAGAGUCCUUUGUGAUUUAAUUAUUUCUCCAAGCAUAUUGCCAGUUUAUUCGGAAUACACAUCUAGAAACUGAUGAAAUGCCAGUUUAUUGUACAUUCAGUGCACCAGCAUGCAGAUUCAUGGAUCUUCAACCUGCUUCACCUCUUCAUAAACUGAGAACUGGAUGCUGUUACUGGAAGGGACAUAUCUUGCAAACUGGAACAGUCUAUGCUCAUUCACUUUGAUAAAAAUAAUAAUAAGACGAGCCUCCAUAGUAAAAUACAUCUAUCUUCAGCUUUUACAAUACAUUACAUGAGACCUCAUUUCUAAAUGGACAAAAACAAUCUGCAACACCCUCUAGUGUUACGGUUUGGUCACUGCAGGCCUGGCAGCUAUCACAUGUGACCUAUUUGAACACUCACUGUAGACAGUUUAGCAUAGAUAUGUGCUACAGCUGAAGUUCAUCUCGUCUCCUAUUGAAAUAUUAAAUUCCAUGUGCAGGAAAUAAACAGUUGCAUUAUACUGUUGCAUUACUUUGUGUGGAAAAGGAAGUGACUAAGUAAGAGUUUCAAAAGCUGUUGCAUGGAUGACCGUUUCAAAUUAAACAAGAAAAAAAGCACACCAAAACUCUAUUCUCAAAUGGUUUUAUUUACUAAACGUUGCAGCGGAUAAAAAUUCUUUAACUUUUUUAUGCAAUAAUACAGAUGUUUGGGUCAAACUUUUUAAAUGAUUAAAGUUAUGAUCUGUUUAAAACAGCAUUUUCUUUCACAUGUUAAUAAAAUGAUUUGAAGAGGGUGACGUUUGAGCCAUUCAUGGAUGUGUAGUUUUUUUUUAUUAAUAAGUUUUAGAAACUACAGUAUAUGGUUAAAUGUUUGAUUAUUAUAGGGUAUAUCAGUGGGGUUGUACUUAGCAAUCUUUUACGAUACUAUAAUGCUAACGUGGUACCUUGUUAAACUGGUGCUUUAGUAGUUAGUUAGCCAGAUUGAUAAGGUAGCUCAU